CAACUCACAUUGUUUAAUAAAAACGAUUGCAAUAGAUUCAUUGUUGACAUUCAGAACAAUAUUUUCAUCCUUUACAAUGUGAUCAAGUUGCUGCUUCUUUCUAUGCUGCUUCUUUUCCAGAAACCACCUACGCUGAACCAAUGCUUACUCAAUUUCAGACCAUCACAAAAUUACAUUCUCCAACGCAAAACGAUGGCGAAUCAUGUUGGUGAUGAUGCGUUUGCCGGUAGAUCAGAUUCAACCACGCUAGUCUCUGUUGGUGAAAACUAUUCAGGAAUCCAAAACAAAAAAGUAUCACAUGCUAUCGUUGCGACCACAAAGGGCUACUCGUUUGUGAGUGUUUGGCACUACGGACUGCUUCUCCUGAUCCAUCAAUUCUAGCUGGUGGCUG